GGUGCAUACAUUCCUCCAAAGAAUGUUUUAAAAUUCAGCGAGACGUUCCCAUGCGGCAUCCAACCAAACUCGAAAUCGCGACAGCAGCACGAUGAGCCUCAACCCGAACGCCAAGGCGUUCACGUUCAACCCGGCUGCUUCGUCAUGGACGCCGCCGGUGCCUUCGCAAAUCCUCCCCAAGCCGAAGCCUGCUCCAGCUCCGCCUGCACCUCCUGUCGCGGCCCCGCCCGCUCCGGCUGUUGUGUCGCCCAAACAAGCCGCUCCGGCCGCCACGCCUGUCGUCGAAGAGAAGAAACCCCCUGCUCCUGUCGCUGCUCCCGCGCCCGUGGAAGAUGCUGUUGCAGAUGACGACUUUGAACCGUUGACCGACGAAGAAAUUGGGGAAGAAGAUCCCCGCGAACACAUCAACGUUGUCUUGAUCGGCCACGUCGAUGCCGGCAAGUCGACUUUGUCCGGAAACAUCUUGUACCUGAUGGACCAAGUGGACAAGCGAACGAUCGAACGCUUUGAAAAGGAAGCGAAGGCGCGCAACCGCGACUCUUGGUACACCUUGUCGACGCCCUGUCUUUUCUGCAACUCACGAACGGUAGGUUUCUCGCGUUUAUCAUGGACACGGGCGAAGAAGAACGAGCCAAGGGUAAGACCGUCGAAGUCGGCCGCGCGCAAUUCGACACGCCGAACAAACGCUUCACGAUCCUCGACGCGCCCGGCCACAAGAACUACGUACCCAACAUGAUUCAAGGCGCCGCCCAAGCCGACGUUGGCAUCCUUGUCAUUUCUGCGCGCAAGGGCGAAUUCGAAACGGGAUUCGAACGUGGUGGGCAAACGCGCGAACACGCGAUGCUUGCCAAGACGCUCGGCAUUAACAAGCUCAUCGUUGUCAUCAACAAGAUGGACGAAGCCAAGUGGGCGAAGGAACGCUUUGAUGAGUGCGCAGACAAACUCCGUCCGUUUCUUCGAGGUUGCGGAUAUGCCGUCAAGCGCGACGUGAUGUUCAUCCCGAUCUCGGGCUUGGCCGGCGAUAACAUCAAGGUCAAGGUGGAUUCCGCCAAGGCGGCGUGGUAUGAAGGCGAGAGCUUGAUCGAUACGCUCGACUCGCUCACGAUCCCCGGCCGCAAUCCUCAAGGCCCUCUCCGAGUCCCCGUCUUGGAUCGGUACCAAGAACGCGGCACGAUCGUUCUCGGCAAGGUCGAGUCGGGGGUGUUGACGACCGGCGCCAAGAUCGUUCUCAAGCCGACGAGUUUGCGCACGACGGUGGCCCAAGUCUACAUCAACGACAAGCCGGUGCGCACGGCUAAGCCGGGCGAGAACGUCACGAUGCGGUUGACGUGCGGGCUGGAGGACGUGACCAAGGGCUUUGUCAUUGUGAACCACGCGGAAGCCGACGCCGCCAAGAGCGUGACCAAGAUUGUGGCGCAGAUCGCGUUUGUGGAGGCGCUCGAGCACCGACCGCUGCUCACGGCGGGGUACAAGGCGAUUCUGCAUUGCCACACGAUUGCGCAAGAGUGCACGAUCACCAAGUUGCUGCGACCGAUUGAUCCCAAGACGGGCGAAGCGCUCAAGAAGAAGGUCAUGUUUGCCAAGGCCGGCCAGAGCGUCGUGUGCCGCAUCGAAGUGGAGCAGACGGUGUGCGUCGAAACGUUUGAUACGCUGCCGCAAAUGGGGCGCUUGACGUUGCGAGAUGAAGGCAAGACGAUUGCCGUCGGCAAGAUUCUCAAGCUUGAAUCCAAGGCCGAGUAAAGCAACAGGAUGGAAUCGAUGGGAUGAUGAUGAUGCGUGGUGGUGGCAGGAUUGCAAUGAUGGUAUUAGCUCGCCACGUCGAUCUUGUCGUCUGUGACGUUGUCGAAAGACGGGUGGUGGGCAUGAACGAGUGUCGCCGCUGCAGGC